AUGGAACCCGAAGGUUACAGAAUAGAAACGAAUGAAAUUGAUAGUUUCUCAGAACUAAAAGAAGACUCAAUAGAAAAAGCUUUAAAUGCAAGGGAAAAUGAAGAAAACUGGAUAAGAGGGGCGCAUGGCGACCAAACUUGCAUUUCUGAAUCUUUUGAUCAGUCUGAAAGAGAUUUUGGGACAAGUUUUAUGAGCAUGAACAGUCAGAAUCCUUUAAUGAUGGCUAAUCGUCAAAUUCCACAGAGCCAGUUUCUUCCUCAAAAUCAAACUCCAGCUCAGCCAGAUGAAAUUAAAAAUAUGCUAUUGAAUCAAGCAAAAGCUUUAGAAGAUGCUUUAUAUGCAGCAAAACUGCAGCAAACACCGAAGAAUCCACAAUUUUUCCCUCAGCAGUUUUCGUUUCCUCCUUCAAGCCAAGGUUCUAGAUGCAUGUCUCCAGAAUCUACUUUUAAGCAAGAUCUUUACAGAAAUUACAUUCAAAAUCAGCAAACUCUUCAGAUACCACCUCAAAAUCCAUCUCAAAUACCUCCACAACUUCCCCCUCAGUUUUUUCAGCAAAUCCCACCUAAUAUUCCUCUUCAAAACCCAUAUUUUCCUCCUCAAAUGGCCAAUGUUCCACAAAUGCCUCCAAUGCCAAAUCUUCCUCCAAUGCCAAACCUUUCUCAAAUGCAAAAUAUUCGUCAAAUGCCCAAUAUCCCUCAAAUGCCAAACCUUCCUCAAAUGCCAAACCUUUCUCAAAUGCCAAAUCUCUCACAAAUGUCAGUCCCUCAAAGCCCUCUUGACUCAUCUCAGCUUAAAAUAAGCCUGCUUAAACAAGCUGAAGCAUUAGAACAAUCUAUAAACGCUUUAAAAUCCCAAAAUACCAGCAUGAGCUCUCAAACAGCCUUUUUCCCACAAAAUUUGAACCAGCAGCCAGGACUUUACCCACCCCAAAAUUUCAAUCAGCCAGGACUUUUCCCACCCCAAAAUUCCAAUCAGCCAGGAUUUUAUCCUCUUCUGCCUUUCUCUAAUGACAAAAGAGAAAACUUUAAAGAAAUCACAGAUAACGCAAGACAAUUAGAAUCUGAAAAUGAGCAGCUAAAAAGCCAAAUUCUAGCCCUACAAAUAUUAAGAAAGCAAGACCAAGCCAGAUUCCAAGCAAUGGAAAAAGAAAUGAUGAUACUUAAAAGAGAUAAAGAAAUGCUAGAAAUUGAACUUAAUUCAGCAAUAGAGAAAGAAGAAAAUACAGCUUUUAAGCUAAAACAGACAGAGCAGAAGCUGAAAAUGUUGGAAAGCCAGUUUUUAGAUACCCAAAAGCAGUUUGAUAAUGAAAUUGAAAGGCUAAAUGAAAAAACUUCACAAAUUAUGAGGAAGUCAGAAGAGAUUGAAAGGUCUCCUAAAGCCAAAGAAAAAAAGCCAAAAGCUUAUCAAGAAGAAACUUACCCUCAAGAAACCGAAAAAAGCUAUAAUGGGACUAAUGAUAAUUAUCUUAGUGAAAAAAAGACUGGCGAAACUAUGGCAGAAAAUGAAGGGAAAAAUCGCUUAAGCACUUAUAUACCAGUGAGGACGUAUGAGAACCAAAGCGAAAAUAUGGUAAAUGUAUUUAAAUGGGAGGAUUCACAGAAAAAUAGACCAGAAAUAAGGCAGCAGACUGUGGAUUAUAAUAGGACAGAAGUCAGACAAGAGUCUGUUGACUAUAAUAAGUCAGAAAUAAGACAACAGACGGCGAAUUAUAAUAGAUCAGAAAUCAGGCAGCAUUCAGUGGAUUAUGAGACUCAAAAUAGUAACUGAGAAGACUCUCAAAAAGCAAGGCAACUUUCGGAGCCUAACAAAAAUGUAAAUAAUAUUAUAAGAAACAUACAAGGCAAAUUAAGAAUACUGAAAGAGGACAGAGACAAUAACAAUUAAAUUUAUUAAGAUUCUUCGUUUAGCGUCCUCUACCAGGUUACCUGCUGCUGCAGCUGCCUUGAACUAUGCUCUGGGGCAAGUUCGUGCCAUCUUCCUCCAGCUCUCCAAAGUGUUGCCAUCUUCACUUUAUUUUGUGAGGAGGAUUGCUUCCCUGACAUAGAUAUAAUAACUUCACCAGGGGUGCCAAAUCUCAUAAUUAAAAUAUACCAAAAAAAUUUUAGGUCGGAAACCAUAGCCAUUUUUUAAUUUUUAAAAGAAGUUCAGAGACAAAGUACAAGCAAAUUAUGAUAAAGCUGAAAGAUCUGGGAACAACAAUAGAAUACGAGAAUUGUCAUUAGAGCUCAACAUCAUCGAAUCCAAUAUAGAAAGCCUUGAAAAAAAGCUCAGCGACUAUGCUACGAUUCAUUAA